GAUUGGCCGGCCGCCCCGCCACCGGCAACAUGGCGGCGCCCUGAGGGGCGGAACGGUUACCUGAGGGCAGGAGGAGAGCCGCCUGAAAGAGUCGGCUUCUUCCCGGGAGGAUCUCUGGGCGGUGGCGAGGCGCCUCUGAAGGGCUGGUCCCCGGCAUGUGGCGAGGGAGCCUCGGGCGGUUGCUAGGCAAGGGGACCCUGGCGCGGUUUCGCCCCUCGACCCGUCCGGAGGCUUCCCCCACGGCCCUCAGGCGGCCUUAUGCGGCCCACGCAGAAAGGAAAAGAUUUUACCAAAAUGUUAGCAUCUCCCAAGGAGAAAAUGGUUUUGAAAUCAACUUGGACAACCGGAAGCUGAGAACCCCGCAAGCUAAGCUCUUUACAGUGCCCAGUGAGCCUCUGGCUUUGGCUGUGGCAACUGAGUGGGAUUCCCAGCAGGACACUGUCAAGUUCUAUACUAUGCACCUGACCAACUUAUGCAACACAGCUUUGGACAAUCCAUCACAGCGAAGCAAAGAUCAGCUCAUCCAGGCAGCUCUGAAGUUCUUGGAGACAGAUACUAUCUGCUACCGGGUAGAGGAGCCACCAGCCUUAGUAGAACUGCAGAAGAAUGAAUGGGAUCCAGUAAUUGAAUGGGCUGAGAAAAGAUACAAUGUUGUGAUUGGUUCUUCGACAAGCAUCAUGGGUCCUACCCUCCCACAAAGCACAAAGGACACCUUUAUUAGCCACUUGGCUUCAUACAACAGCUGGGCCCUUCAAGGCAUAGAAUACAUGAUAACACAGCUAAAGUCUCUGAUUCUUUCAAUGAGCCUGGUUGACAAACAUUUAACAGUUGAACAAGCUGUCCUUCUAUCUCGGCUGGAGGAAGAAUAUCAGAUUCAGCACUGGGGGAAUGUGGAAUGGGCCCACGACUACGAAAGGUAUGACUUGCGAGCCCGCACAGCUGCUGCCACCCUGUUUGUCCACCUUUGCUUAGAAAAUUCCACCAUCAAGCACAAGCUGCUUCAGCACUAAGGAACUGGGAUGCAGGAGAAGGGAGAAUGUCCGUCUGGAUGAGCCUGAAGAAAGAUUCAGAUGGAAUGGAUGAUGGAGAGGUGCUGUGGGCAUGUCUGGGCCACAGAGGAGGAGACAUGGCUCUUCUCUCCCAUGCCCUUGGAGGCUGAUUCUCCCUGGAAGUUUUGGGAGUGGCUUCCUAUCCAUCUCACCUGGGCUGGCCACUUCUGACAGGAUUUCCUUGUUUCCCAGGUUCUGCAUUUUGCUUGGCAGGUAGACAGAUUUCAGGAGCAGAGUGUUGGAAUGGGUGGAAGGCCACAUGUUCUGUCCUGGAGGACCUGUAGCUAGAGGCGAUUAGAGAUGGGACUGUAUCACAGCAAUUGAACAUCUCUAUUAAGAUUGAAGGCACUCUAGCUAGUCCCAACAUGAGACACAGGCUCCAACAUGCCACCAAUAGGCCCUUUGGUGACCAUAAAUAUCCUGCUCCCUCCUAUUAAAUUUAAAAGGGAUCAUAUUGCAAACCAAAAUGGUAGGAUCCACUGCCACCUUUAUUUUAAAGAACCAUCUCUCGAUUCCAAAUUAGCUCCAUAAACUUUUAUUAGAAAAUAAAAAA